CAAACACAAUUAAUUGGAUGACCAAGCUAGUGAACACUACUACUACCUUUUUAUUUAGAAGUGAUGAGGAUUGUCAACGUACAUGUUAUACAUUUAUUCUUUGUGGUUGCGAACCCAGUUCUAUCAUGGCUGUGUAGGUGAAAUCUUUAUUGCAACAAGUACUAAUUACUUGGACUUUCCAUUCAAUCCACCGACAGCUCAUAUAAUUUCCUUCUCAUACGGCACAAAGCCCACCUUCCUUUUUCCCUCUUAAAACUGCACUUCACCGCUUCCAUAUUUAUGAUCUCUGCAGCUCUCUUAAGUCUUUCUCCCCAGGAAACAUGGUACAAACAAAGAAAUUCAGAGGUGUCCGGCAGCGUCAGUGGGGCUCUUGGGUAUCUGAAAUUCGCCAUCCUUUACUGAAGAGAAGGGUAUGGCUAGGCACAUUUGAGACAGCUGAGGCUGCGGCAAGAGCAUAUGACCAGGCUGCCAUCUUGAUGAAUGGACAAAAUGCCAAGACCAAUUUUCCUGCAGCAAAGACUCACCCUGGUGAGACAAAUGCUCGUGAUGAUGACUCUCCAUUGCCUCCCAAGGCCCUCUCUGAGCUUCUGAAUGCUAAGCUCAGAAAGUGUUGCAAAGACCAAUCUCCUUCUCUGACUUGCCUGAGGCUUGACUCUGAUAAUGCUCAUAUUGGAGUAUGGCAAAAACGAGCAGGCACUCGUUCAAGCUCCAAUUGGGUCAUGAGGGUUCAGCUCGGGAAUAAGAAGAUUACUCCAGCAUUGGAAGAUGGAUCAGCAUUGUCAUCAGGGACGUCGCCUAUGGCUGAUGAUCAGAUUGAAGCUGCAAGUGUAAUGGGAGAAGAGGACAGGAUUGCAAUGCAGAUGAUAGAAGAAUUACUCAAUUGGAAUUGUCCUGUGACUUCAACCUCAGGAGGAGUUUAGAAAAGACAUGUAUCCUUAGAAUUGCUUGUACAUCCUCUGCAAAACUACUCAAAUCUGUUUCAUUUUACCUUUCCUGGUGAUAAAUCAUUCAUCUGCCAUCCUCACAUGUAAAAUUGGAACAAAAUGCAGUAUAUUACCUGG